CUCUUACUGUGAGAAACACCUCCAACCUCACUAUGAUGCAGCUCGAUUAAAGAAACAGAAGCUGGUGGCCGGUGGUCAUUUUCUGUCAGACUUUUCAGCAGAGUAUCUGUUAUCUCUGUGCAAUGGACGAACGUCAAGGCCAUGAAACAGUCCCAGCUGCAGCAGAAAGGACUGAGAAGCAGAAGGAGCUCGAGGUGAGACGACUAAACAUCCAGCAGAGAAUCCAGGACCGAGAGAAAGAUGUGAAGCUCCUUCAACAGGAGGUGGAGGCCAUCAAUGGCUCUGCUGAUAAAGCAGUGGAGGACAGUGAGAAGAUGUUCACUGAGCUGAUCCGUCUGAUCCAGAAAAGAAGCUCUGAUGUGAAGCAGCAGGUCAGAUCCCAGCAGGAAACUGAAGUGAGUCGAGUCAAAGAGCUUCAGGAGAAGCUGGAGCAGGAGAUCGCUGAGCUGAAGAGGAAAGACGCCGAGCUGGAGCAGCUCUCACACACAGAGGAUCACAACCAGUUUCUACACAACUACCCCUCACUGUCAGCACUCAGUGAGUCUACACACUCAUCCAGCAUCAAUAUUGGUCCUCUGAGGUACUUUGAGGAUGUGACAGCAGCUGUGUCAGAGACCAGAGAUAUACUUCAGGACAUCCUGAGAGAGGAAUGGACAAACAUCUCACUGAGAGUCACUGAAGAGGAUGUUUUACUGUCACCAUCAGAGCCAAAGACCAGAGCUGGAUUCUUAAAAUAUUCACAUGAAAUCACACUGGAUCCAAACACAGCAAACACACAUCUGUUAUUAUCUGAGGGGAACAGAAAAGUAACAUUUAUGAAACAACAACAGUCUUAUUCUGAUCAUCCAGACAGAUUCACUUUUUAUUGGCAAGUCCUGAGUAGAGAGAGUCUGACUGGACGUUGUUACUGGGAGGUGGAGUGGAGAGGGGAAGCAAUUUUUGUGGCAGUCACAUACAAGAAUAUCAGUAGAGCAGGGAUUGCAGGUGAAUGUUUUUUUGGAUGGAAUGACAAAUCUUGGUCAUUAUGUUGUAACACAAACAAUUGUUCAUUUCGGCACAACAAAGUCCAUACUGACCUCUCAGGUCCUCGGUCCUCCAGAGUAGGAGUGUACCUGGAUCACAGAGCAGGUAUUCUGUCUUUCUACAGCGUCUCUGAAACCAUGACUCUCCUCCACAGAGUCCAGACCACAUUCACUCAGCCGCUCUAUGCUGGACUUUAUGUUUUUCACUCUGAUGGAGCCACUGCAGAGUUGAUUAAAGUCAGAUAGACAGAGAAGAUAGGUUCAUGUUGAUCCUGACCAUUAUAUGUACUUGUGUAGUUUCUAAAUGAGGCUUUACAUUUUAGAAGCUGAGAAGUUCAGUGGUCCAUUGAUGUCUGAAAAUAAUAUUGCACUGAUUCAAACUGUACUUACAUUUAUAUACCUUACAUCAAUAUAAAUCUGGAUCUGUUCUUAUGGCUGAUAAUCAUGUGAGUUUAAAUUAUACUGCUCUUCAUAUUCAGCAUGUUUUCAGUCUUGAAUCAGUCUGGUUAGUGGUUUUAUUCUGUAGUUGCUGUAGUGGGUUGUCAAAUGCAAAGAAUCCAUUGGAGCUGCAGUGAUUCAUCAGUUAGUCAGUGGUUAGAGAAUUGAUUGUUUUAUCAUUAUUUUAGUUGUAUUUAAAGCUCC